AUAACUAUAUUGGUGCUUCCUUCUGCUUCAGCACACAGUAUAGUAACGUAUAGUUGCAGUUGCAGACAGUCAUAUAUAGAAGAUUUUGUGUUUUGGUUAAUAUGCUCAACUACUAAUUAUACUUAAAACAUCAACAAAGAAGUGGAAGGGUGUUUUUACCUCAUCAACAUGGAAGAUAUAUUUCAGUGGUGUCGAGAGGGAAAUGCAAUGCAAAUUCGUGUUUGGUUAGAUGAUACUGAGCAUGAUAUGAAUCAAGGAGAUGAUCAUGGAUUCAGUCCUCUUCAUUGGUGUAGCAAAGAAGGUCAUGCAAAGCUAGCAGAAUUACUUGUUUGCCGAGGAGCGCGUAUUAAUGCUACAAACCGUGGAGAUGAUACACCACUGCAUCUUGCAUCAGCACACGGACACAGAGAUAUUGUUCAAUUGCUAUUGAAACACCGUGCAGAUGUUAAUGUGACAAAUGAGCACGGCAAUACUGCAUUGCACUAUGCUUGUUUUUGGGGAGAUCAAGGAAUCGCAGAAGAAUUGGUAGCUGCUGGAGCUUUAGUUUCCAUUGCUAAUAAAGAUGGUGAUACUCCUUUAGAUAAGGCAAGAGGUCCCAUGGCCAAAAGAUUGCACGAUUUAGCAGUUGAGUUUGGACAGGAUUUGAAAAAAAUUCAAUUUAAGGAUCAAAGUUGGUUGGGUCUGAAAACCAGAAGUCGAGAUGCUACUUUAUCUCGGCACAAGGGUAUCAGUAUGUCUGAUUUGUCACUCCACACUGAAUUGUCAAACACACCAAGUGGUGAAACCUGGCGUGGUCGUUGGCAAAAUAACGAUAUUGUCGUAAAAUUUUUAAAUUUACGUGAAUGUUCGGCUCGAAUCUCAAGAGAUUUUAAUGAUGAAUUUCCGAAACUGAGAAUUUUUUCUCAUCCUAAUGUACUACCAGUUUUAGCUUGUGUGAAUCAUCCUCCUAGAUUGGCGACAGUAUCGCAAUAUAUGCCACGCGGUAGUUUACAUCGUCUUUUACAUGGUGGAACAGGAGUUGUAGUCGACACAGCAAGAGCACUAAGAUUGGCACUUGAUGUUGCUCGCGCAAUGGCAUUUCUUCAUGGUUUAGAAAGACAGAAUCGAUGUAGAUUUUAUCUCAACAGUAAACAUAUUAUGAUUGACGAAGACUUGACAGCUCGUGUAAAUAUGGCAGAUUUCAAAUUUUCUUUUCAAGAAAUUGGUCGGAUUUAUGAACCUGCUUGGAUGUCUCCCGAAUCAUUAUGUAAAAAUCCAAAUGAUAUAAAUCUCGAAGCAAGUGACAUGUGGAGUUUCGCAGUAUUAUUAUGGGAAUUGGCAACUAGGGAGGUUCCAUUUGCAGAUCUUUCUCCAAUGGAAUGUGGAAUGAAGAUUGCAUUGGAAGAUUUGCGAGUUAGUAUUCCACCUGGAAUCUCUCCUCAUCUAGCAAAGUUGAUUAGAAUUUGUAUGAAUGAAGAUCCUGGAAAACGACCAUCAUUUGAUAUGGUUGUACCAAUUCUUGAUAAAAUGAAACGCUAAAAUCAUCUUUUCUAAUAGUGGUGCUUUGAAAAAAAAAAAAAAUGAUGCCUUACUA